UUUGGAACUGCAAUCGGAUCGAAUCCCAAUCGCAGUUCCGUUGAUAACUCAACUCAGUCAUUCUCGAGUGUCGUGUGUGAUCGAAUCUACAUCUGCGGCUGAACAUCUUGCCUUAAAAACAUUACAACCAGAACUAGGAAAAAUUCCAGGACUAUUAAAAGUGACAACCAGACAAAAUGCAGUUGCUGAAUUUAGCGUGCCUCAAGCAAAAGGUGGCACACAUCGCCAACAACAACAACCAGAACCAAAGCAAAGAGUCCCAAGAAAGAGAUCCGAAGGAUACAGGAAUCUUUGGGUGCUUUGCCAAGAAGGAAGAGCAGCAGCAUAAUCCGAAAAAGAAACAAUCAGAAGAACCCAGGGAGAGUUCCCACUCGGGCAGCUAUAAAGUCCAGCAAAAGGAGCAAGAACAACAGAGGGAAUCGGAGAACGAGCAUCCAGCCGUUUACCGCCAGCAGGACGAGGAGUUUCAUCCGAUAAAAAAGGAGGAGCCCCAGAAAACCCCACCAAUAUCCAAGCAACCCCGUCCGCGGAACACCCCAAGAUCGCAAAGUCAGCCGGCUAUAAACAACCGACGACGUCCAGGAACCCCGCCACCACACACAGUCGCAGCUGGAAACGGAACCGCAAGCAGGAGCAUGACCUCCAUUCCCGCCAAUCUGUCUAGCAAUAAUGUUGCUGGAGCAGCAACCUUACCAGGAGCUGCGGCACCGCCAGAGAAACAGCCGUGGCCGAACUCCAAGGACGAUUACGAGCUGAGGGACGUCAUUGGUGUGGGAGCCACAGCCGUUGUCCAUGGUGCUUACUGUAUUCCAAGGAACGAGAAGUGCGCCAUCAAGCGCAUCAACCUCGAGAAGUGGAACACAUCGAUGGACGAGCUGCUCAAGGAGAUUCAGGCCAUGUCCUCUUGUUUCCAUGAGAACGUAGUCACCUAUCACACCUCCUUUGUGGUGAGGGAAGAGCUCUGGUUGGUGCUGAGACUCCUGGAAGGCGGCUCUCUGCUGGACAUCAUCAAGCACAAGAUGCGAACGUCUAAUUGCAAACAGGGUGUCUUCGACGAAGCCACCAUUGCCACGGUGUUGAAGGAAGUUCUGAAGGGAUUGGAGUAUUUCCACUCGAACGGGCAAAUCCAUCGAGAUAUCAAGGCAGGCAACAUUUUGAUUGGUGACGAUGGCACCAUCCAAAUCGCUGACUUCGGAGUGAGUGCAUGGCUGGCUACUGGCAGGGAUUUGUCCAGGCAGAAAGUGCGCCACACCUUUGUGGGCACACCCUGUUGGAUGGCUCCCGAGGUGAUGGAGCAAGAUCAUGGUUACGACUUCAAGGCGGACAUUUGGUCCUUUGGAAUAACGGCGAUCGAAAUGGCCACGGGCACUGCACCCUACCACAAAUACCCGCCCAUGAAGGUGCUAAUGCUGACCCUGCAGAAUGACCCGCCCACCUUGGACACGGGUGCGGACGAUAAGGAUCAGUACAAGGCUUAUGGCAAGACAUUCCGCAAGAUGAUCGUCGAGUGCUUGCAAAAGGAGCCAUCGAAACGUCCCACGGCUAGUGAGCUUUUGAAGCACGCCUUCUUCAAGAAGGCCAAGGAUCGCAAGUAUCUCACCCAGACGCUGCUGCAAUCCGGGCCCAGUAUGGAGACCAGGGUUCACAAGGCGGCGAAACGGCAGCCAGGAGCUUCGGGUCGCUUGCAUCGCACGGUGACAGGCGAAUGGGUUUGGUCCAGCGAAGAGGAGGACAAUGGUGGCUCUGCCUCCGGUUCUGGAUCAGGAGGCAGAAAACACCCCUCUUCGGACUCGGACUCCGAAGAUAGACCCAUAAACCGAUUGGAAAGAGCCGACUCCUCGGACAGCGACCGGGAUGAGCCUUCUCCCGAAAUAACGCAUAGUGUUUCCUCAGCCACAGUGACACCUGGAGCUCCAGUUGGCGCUGCUGCUACCCAAGAGCUAACCUCUGGCAUGGCUCAGUUACCACUUCCUAGCGAAGCCGCCGGCGAAGCGCCACCAGUCAAUCUUGUCCUGCGCAUGCGCAACUUGCGACGUGAGCUUCACGACAUUCGCUUCGAGUUCGUAGUGGGAAAGGAUACAGCCGAGGGCAUCGCUACAGAACUGGUAGAUGCAGGUCUUGUUGACGCGCUGGAUACCCAACCGAUGGCUACGCAUCUGGAUCAACUGAUAGCUGCCAGUGCAACGAUGAAAACGAUUACUUUCCAAUUGAGCUCCGGCGUGCAGCCGGGCGAAGUGCCCGACGAACGCUCGCUGGUGGGAUAUGCGCAGAUCUCCAUCACGGACUAGUGAUCUGCCACGGAGCAUGUAGCACAGCCAACCCAACCCAUCACAAGAGCAUCCGAAACACCAACACAUAGCACCAUCCCUAGGAAACCAAGCCAGUCUGAUGAUACGUAAGGCCAGGAGGGUUCGAGAUCUGGAUUUCCCGACUGGAGCCGUUUCUGUUUGCUGCUUUUAGCACUAGACUAGAACUAACCGUAUAUGCUAGUGAUAGAUCUUAACGCGAGCCGAUCGUUUACUAUAUAGAGAAACUAUCUAUACACACGUAUAUAUGUUAAAUAGGGUGGGUCGAUUUUGGUUGAAUAAGAUACGGCGUGAAAAAUUAGGUUUCCAUGAUUUCAACCUCUUGGUAUUAAGUCGUUGUCAAGUGUUUCAUAUACUUACUAUUCAGCUUAUAUAUUUUUCAAUUGGUAAUCCGUAAAAAGCCAUAGGAUCUGAAUUAUACUACAAGUUUAAUCACUUGAAAUUGUUCUUAAGCUUUUAUUUAUCCAACCCUAGAAAUCGGCCCGCCUUGGAGUUUUAUAUAUGCCUUACAUACUAUAUAAAUCCUAUGCGCAUUGUAAUUAAUCCAUGUGCCCCGACCCGUUUUUCCUCGCCCCGCUAAAGUAAUUGAAGAAUCGUGUACUUAUUCGUUUCGUUUGUCUUUAAGUAGCUCUGUACAUACACCACUCGUAUAUAUAUAUAUAUAUAUAUAUAUAUAUAUAUAUGUUUAUAAGUAUAUAUAUAGCUCUUGGUUUUAAUUAGCCCACUGAAAUCAGUAGAUCCUGAUGUAGUCCUGCCUUUAUUUAUCAUUUACCAACCGCUCCCCCGCCAGGCGUCUUUAAUUUAUUCUCUAGCAAUUUAAAGUACUAAUUUUUAAAUCCUAGCGCCUAAGACUUGUUUUUGUUUUACUCUUAUUAUUUUGUAUUUUAUUUUACCAUAAAUUACCACUACUCUGUAUACCUACUUUAUGAGUUUUCCGAUAAGAUCGCAAAGGAUGUAAACUUAAGUGAGGCCAGAGGAAUAUCCUGGAGAGAGAACAGGAGAGUAGACAUUAUGAUUCAAGCUCUGUAACUACCUUGAAGUAAAUCGUAAAUCAAUUACUUUAAAAAUGCAUAAUAUUAAACCUCGUAUAGUUAAUGAAAAAUUACAAAAAAAUAGAAACGAAAAAGGAA